UAGUAUUUCUGUAGACGAAAUAAUUAACCAAAGUAAUAACUUCAAAGUUUUUACGAAUAAGGACAAAUGCCCGCUUUUGUUGAUAUUGCACAGAGUUCCUUAUACAAUGGUUGACAAUACAGUUGUGAAGAUAAGACCAAUUAAGCUGAUAGCAGUGAUCUUCAGUGGGAUAACUGUUAUCCUAUUGAUCAGUAGCAUUGCCGGUAAAGAGUGGGUGGAGGUGAAAUUUCACCAUGACAACCGUCAAAGCAUCACCUGGGGAUUGUGGGAUAUCUGUGAGGGCGACUCCUGUUCUACAAACACAACAGACUGGGUAAAGGUGUGUGCUACCUUCAGUAUCAUCUCCCUCCUGUUCAGUGUGGUGGUAGUUGGGUGUGGCAUCCUCGGACUCUGUUCUCUGGAUGUCCCCAGGAGAAGACUACUCUACAUCAUAGCUGGUGGCAUUGUCACUCUUGUCGCUUUAUCAGACCUGCUGUCUCUGAUCAUUUUUCCGAUCAAGUUUCGUGAGUCAGUCCAGAUGUUUGUCAACAUUAAGCGCUGGGACUUUGACUGGACCUAUGGCUUUGGUUGGGGAGGAUUCAUCUUUUCUAUUGCUGCUGCUGUCUUCUUCUUCCUGCCAAUUGACGAUAACCACAUGGAGUCCAAACCUUUCUAGCUAUACAUAUAAUUUGUUCAAGAUAAAAUUCUGAUUGGAGGCAAAAAUCACUAUUCCAUAUCACCGGCAUCUCAUUGAUUCUAGUUAGAGGUUUAACAAAUUUCAGCUAGCUCUGAUUUUAAACUGAAAAAUAUUUUGUCCAAAUUAUAUAAUAAUCUUAAUAUUUUUAUGGUGCUACUUUUGUGACAGGUCAAAAACUAUUGUCAACAGGUGGUCGUCAGAGGAAUACUAUCAUAUCAUUUGCUUGGUUAGUAUGUCGUGUCCCCUUUGUAGAAAGUGGUAUAUAUUGUAUAAGAGCUAGUUUUUCUUAUAAUAAGAUUCGGGCCAUACAUUUUAACCUGUUAAGAUAAAUGGUGUCUUGAUGAAAUUCGAAGUAUACCUGCAUCAUCCUCAAAAAGUGUGAAAUGCAAUGUAAUUAGGUCACUGUGACCUUCACCUCUUGGUAAAAGGUCAAAUCUUUUCUGGGCUGUACAUUUUAUACCCCUUAAGAUAACUUCAUGAAACUUGAAGAACUUUAUUACUAAGUCAUCCACAGAAAGCAAGACUCUUCACUGUAUUUAGGUCACUUUGACCUUCACCUUUAGGUCAAAAGUAAAAUAAAGUCAAAACUUUUAGUUAAUAAACUGUUGAAAAUAAUUUUGUACAAAAUUUUAAAGUAUACCCGAUUCAUCAAGAUCUGUGCACAGCACUAUAUAAGUAACUGAUCUUCACCUCAAGGUCAUAUAUAAGUGCAUUACACUAAUUGACUUAAGAGAGGAGACAUUUUUUGUACACAAAAACAAAUGUAAUUAUUUAGUUUAUUAGUAUUAUUACACAAUUUCCUGGCUUUUUUACAGAGAAGGCCUCUAUUUGGUUGUGCAUCAUGUUGUUUUCUUGUCCUUUGUUUUGUUGUUAUCUUGGUUUAGUUGUUCAUAUAACUGUUUAUAACUGAAUAGAUGGUUUUCUCUAUUUUCAAAAUAUGUUUUUAUGUAACAAACUAGAAUCGUAUAGGAAUGUUUAUUAUGAUACUUGUCCUCAGUGAAAUUAUCAUGCAUGCUGAUUUUAUUAGGAAUUUCAAUAAUUAUGAAAUUAUACAAUAUUUACAACACUUGCUUUUGCUUUUGCAUAUAAUACCAUGUCUGAUUUAUUUUGUUUUCAUUUCUUACAUUUUUUCCUUAUUAUUCAAUAAAAAUUACUUUUCUUCAAAACUCUGAUAGCAAAUUAAAAAAGUGUUAAUUUCUUUUCAAAUAUUUUCAGAAAACAUUUUAAAAAUAAUAUGACUGCCUUUGGUGAAAUUCAGUAAUUUUUAAUCUGGUAACAAUCACCGGUGAUUUUGUGGUUUCUUCCUUACAAUACAUUUACAUUGCUUUUUUCUGUUUUAAUUAUUCUUGUUCAUGUACAUUUAUUUUGUUUUUAUACAACGAAUGUCUCCAGUAUUUAAUUUUUUACAAGUCUUCAAACAUUCCAGGGGUUGUGUGUAACCAUUCAAUUAUUGACACAAGAAAUAAUUAUCUGAAUUAAACAAAAUCUUUUUUUCAAUUGUUAUCACUCCUGAUGUUUAUUUUCUGUGCAUGUUGUAUUUCACAUUUAGGAAUUUUACACCGAUACUUUUAUUUCCUUAAAAAAUAAUUAGCUUUUAAUGUAUAUGUUUAAAAUAUGAAUUUUGUUUUUUUUAUGUGCACCAUUGAAUUAUGAGCUAAGAAAGACGGUUUUCUAAGAUCACUCUUCAUUCAAGUCAAGUUCCUAUAAAAUCUCGGAAAAGACAUUGAAAUGAAUAUAGAUUUACUUUCUGUUAUAAACUGAUAUUGUUUACUCUCAGUGUGAAUUUGCGUCUCAUUCUUCUUGUUGUCAAACAUUUGUUUAUGUAUUAAUUUAAAAAUACCAUCUUCUGUUGAAAAAUGUUGAAAAAUCAGAAAGCACCACUUUUUAUUUAUACUGAACUCAACAUAAUUUAAAGGGAUUGAAGAUUGUAUUUCUGUCUCAAUUUAUGAAAUGUGCUAGAUUUGUUUUAAUAUUGUUAUUUUGCUCAUUUACAAGCAUAUUGUUAAACUUACAUACAAAGGUGUGUAUUCAGUAAUGAUCUGUUCUAAAUGUUUCAUUAUUUACAUGCGUAUCUAAAACCCAAAUUAUUGCAAACAAUUUGAAAUUUGUCAUCACUUGGAUAUUACUAAUCAAACAAUUAAGUUAAUUUUGAGAUUGUGUACACAAUAUUUGUCUUCUAUUAUUAAUUGUUGAUUUUUACUAUGUUGAAAGUUAGAAAGGUUGCAAAGGCUGUUCAUUUUAAUUUGAUCACUUUGGGAUUAUUGAAAAAGAUUCUUUACACAUGAAUCCUCUAGUUUACCAGUGGUUUCCAAUCUGUAAUCAUAGUGAACUAUCACGAUCAUUGCUUUCUUAUUUUGAUGUUUUAUGCUGGACUUGUGGCCGUCUCCACCUUUCAUCAUGGUCACCGUAAAUAGCGUAUGAUCAUGUUUUCCUCAAUUAGGCGCUUAACAUAACACACACAUAAUAGGAGUAUGAGAAUGGUUGUGAAAAAGACACUUUACUGUUCAAUGUAUUUUUCUUAAAAGGCUUUUUUAAAACCUUUUGAAUUUUUAAAGCUUUUAUUUUUAAAUAAAAGGAUUUUGUUAAGAGACCACUUUUUCAAAUCUUUGACAGGAAAUUUUCUAUCUGAUUUUUGCAAUAGAAAAUUUACUCCAUGAAAUUUACAUUGAACAGAAAGUAAAUAUUUUGUAAAAUAGAACUAUUAUUAUAUGAAGUGUAAUAUUUAUACAUUUGGUUGUGGUCUGUAGAUGUUUAGUGAGUUUGUUAUUGUUGUUAAUAUUUGUGUGAUCCUAUAUUAUGUAGCGUUUAUUCCUGUAUCUCCACAUCUCCCACAGCUUCAGAUUUACUGGUACAUGUACUGGUAUACCUUGCAAGGACCUCCUCAUAAGACACAAACAUUCAGCUCCCUCAGCAUGGAUGAUGAAUUCGUAAGGUUAUGUUAUGGACCAUGUAUUUGUGCUAAAUUUUUCACACAAACUACAGCAUAAUCUGCUAUAUAUAUAUUCAAUGUAUUUGUAUGUAUGCCAAAGCCUUGUCGUAACUACCUCUAGUCUGCCAAUGCUUUCACACCAUGAUUUAUAACUAGGUUCAUAUAGAAUUCUCUCAAUGUGAUUUUGUUUUGAUUGUUAUCAAUUCUUCAAAAAAACAAUACACCUUUCAACUUGUUAUUCAAUCAAGAGUUUUGAAAUUUGUUAUAUGUGUGUUAUAUUGUUAAAUGUCAGAUAACGGAAAAUUUAAACACAACUUUUAUGUGAUAUACACAUGUACAUCUUGGUUAUGCUUAUAAACAUGGCUGUUUGUUUCUUAAUUUUGUUCUCAAUUAAAAAAAGUACAUACAGUAUAUCAUAAUUUUCAUACUUUUACAACAGGUAUGUUGAAUUUUAUAUAAAAAAAAAAAAUGGAUACCUAUUUCUACCGUGAGUAAACUUGUGUUAAGAAUCAUUAAUGGUAAAUAGAAAUAUUGGUAAUCGUUUGGAUGUGUUUUGGUGACAUUUAGAUAAACAUUGUACCUAUUUUACAUAGAGUUACAUAAGCAGUUUAUUGUAACGAUUGUAAUGAACAUUUCUAACAGUCAUAAAAUUUCUAUACCAAAACUUAAAGAAUACAUGUAUUCUUACAUAUUUACAGUAUUAGUGAACUUUGUUUUUUAAAUCAAUGAGAACUUAAACUUUUUAAAGUUUUUCUCUGAAUCUCAUUAAAAUUACCUCCACUACAUUUUUGAACUUUUUUUCCAAACACUUUAAAUAACGUCCGCAUGAAUAAUGUUGGUUUUAUUUGGGAUAUUUAAUUGUUAGUCAUAUUAUUAUGUGUCUGAUUAUUUUUACCAAGGAGUAUUAAAUAUACAUUACAUUUGUGUUCAAUCAGUGCUAACUGAAUUUAUUAUUGUUAAAAAUGUUGUAAUUAUGUAUGACUCUUUAUUGUGUUGUUUCUGCAAAUUGAUCAGAUAUUCUGAAUCAAAUAUGAAAAAUAUUAUAAUUAAUACAUAAAAAAAUAAAAUUGAAGGGAAAUAUUUUUAUUGUAAUACAGUAAAAAUAUAUUUUCAUCUUCAUCAUGUACAUUCUGAAAAUGCUAGGUUUAAUGAAACAGAUGUACAGGACUCCCACUCUGGUAUAAUAUAUAUAAAUAUCGGUAACAUUGUUCUCUUUAUCGGGCCCUGUAUAAUUAUUAAUAUUUAAUAUUUGUUGAUGGGGUCUGUAACCUCUAUUUAUUUCAGUGAUAAGGCUUAUAUAUAUAUAUAGUGAUGUCUUGAUUUACAGCUUAGAUUUGCUGUAAAGCCACGCCCCAUGUUUCCUUUGAAUAAAUCAUGUGAUUUUAAUAAAAGGGGAAAAAAACAUGAACUAGAAAGUUACAAAUCAAAAGAAGUAUUUGUAAAUCUCUAGGGUAAGAGUAAUUGAUAUCGAGGAAGCUGUAGACAGGAACCCUAUUAUACUUUCACAAUAUAUCAAACCCCUGUACAUAUUUAAAGUUAAUAGCACAGUUUGAUUUCAACCUUGUGUACAGAAAUCAAGCUAUAUUUCAAUGUUGCAUUCCUAGGUGUUUGAAGUGCUGAAAUGAGUGACAAUUAUGAUUCAAAGGUAUUACUGAAUAGGAACUAAAUCAGGUAUAACUAAUCCAGGACAGAUUACCUCCCCUUCUUACAACCCACUGACAGUACCGUAUUGUACCGAUGAUAAGCCCAGGGGACCUGUACAUGAAAACAUGUCAAAAGUAGGAAAGUGUUCCAACACAUCCUGCUAGUUUAGCUUAACAUGUAUUGCACAACAUACAACAAUACAAAAAAAUAAAAUUUUGACCGAUGCUGACGAACUUGAAAAAGGGGGAUGGGCUUAUUAUGCACAGAAAGUAAGGAAAAAUGGGGAUGGGAUUAUCAUCUGUAAGAUACGGUAUUGAUAUGUGUAAAAUGCAUAGGUUAAAGCAUUCUGAGCAGUUGAAUUUGAGCAAAAAGUGAAUAGUAGGGAUCAAGUUCUAUUGAUUUUAAAAAGACAGAUCUAGAGUCUCUUUAAAUAGGUUGACUUAAAAAUUGUGGUUUUGUUUAAACAAUAUUACUUUUAUUGUGGUUUAAAUGAAUAGGACUUUAUGUCAGCACAAUGUGGAAAACAAGAUGUUUAUGUUUUUCAUGGGGAAUACAUGUGAUGUCUUUUCAUGAAAAAAUAUCUUUUCAGGGGAAAAUAGGUGAUCUGCCUUGAUUAUGUCUGUCUGGACUCCAACUAAGUGAUGCAUUUUUUCAUGUUCAACUUUUGAAAUCCACUAUAAAAAACAAUCCAUAUACUGAUUUUAACCUACAUGGUAUAUUUUAUUUACCAGUGUUGCAAAUGUUAGCCAAUGAUGAAAUGUUUACAUUCAACUUUUUUGUACACAGAACAAAAUAUUCACCAAUGCACAGUUUGUCUAUUAUGUCCUCAUUUGAUGUGCUUUCAGCCAUGCAGCAAUGUGUGAUCAGUAUACUGGCACGUCACGUUUCAAAUCUGUGCUAUUUAUUGUAAUGAAAAUGUUGCCAACAUGAACAGCAAAAAAAAUAAAGGAUGUUUUGUAUUUAAAA